CUUAAAGUGUGGUCGCUGUACCAGAAACACUUCUGCUUUCUCGGUAGUUUACUUUGUUUUGUUUUUGAAGUACUUCUUUUUAUUUGUGGUGUGUGCUGUGGUUUAUUUUUGUCUCUCUGACGUCUGCUUCUGUGCUGGGAGCAUGGCUGCCUCAGAGACGUUUGAUAUUCGUACAUAUUGAAAACAGCCUUUACCCAAUUGUUGAAGAAUGAUUAGCAGUUGGGGAGAUUGUUCAACACAACAACAUUUUAUCGUCGCCCAGUAUGAACAGCGCUGUCGUUUUUUACUUCAAACGGUGGAAUUGGCAAAGUUUAGUAGUGAUGGUGUUCUCACCGCCCUGCUCCCAUUAUCAACCAACCACUUCUUUAAAAGUGAUUUCGCCUGAUAUUCCACCUUCUAUUAGCAUGAUAGAAGUCAGUAAGUAGUUAGUUUCAAGCUUUAUCUUGCUAUGGUAGGCAACUUAGGGCUUGCCAGUCAAGAAUAUCGCGAUAACUGGCAAAUCCCCGCCCUUGGCAUUUCUUUUAGGCCGUUUAUUUAGCUUCAGGAAGAUCGCGGACAGCUUUAAUUUGCCUAACCUGUUCAAACCUACUGGUCGAUAUUGUGACCGUAAAACAUAUUUUAAGUUAUAAGGCUCUGAAAAUGUCACUGAACAUACCCACGCAUUUCCAGCCAAUGUUGAAAUAAUAACGGGCCUCAAUGAUUGUGCAGUGACGCUUACAGGGAAGCAAAGGUGUGUCAGCUGAUUUCCAUCCUUGGGCAGGCUAAGAUGGCUGCAUUUGUUAAACUGGAGGAACAGUGGAGUUGAAAUUCAGACAAUGGCAGUUGCGGGUGUUGUCACAGCUUCCAAAGGGAUUUUGGUUGUUGUGAACAAUGCCUUGUUACUGCAAAGUCAGUUACAGAAAGCAAAGAGAAACAAGAAAAGCUUUGAAGAACUUGCGACUCGCGUGAAGGAUGUGGCAGAGGUGCUGGAAACACUGACAAACCAGGGUGUGGAGGAAAACGUGGUGGAGAAAGGGCUUGAGAUAUUUGAACGUGCUUUAGAGUCUGCAGAAAAACUCCUGCAAAAAUAUGGAUGCUCCAAUGUAUUCAUGCAUUGUGUAAAGGCUGGUGGUUUUGGUGAUCGUUUUGCGAGGGUUAAUACUCAGCUGAAUGAAGCCGAACAACACCUGACCCUCACCCUUGCGGUGGAACAGAGACAGAAACAAGUGGAUGAGAGCAAGAAGAAGGCAGAGGAUGAAGAAACCAGAGGUCCUGCCACUCUCCAGAAAGUCUUAACAGACCACAAGAAGCGUAUGCAGCAGCGAUAUGGCGCUGUGUUUGAGGGCCUUGUGCAGAACAACAAGAAGACGCCUCUCAACAAGAUUUUCACUCAGCUCUACAUUACGGAGGGGGAGAGCGAAGAGGUCAACAGAGACCAUGAAAUAUGGCAGAUUGAGGAGGCAUUCAGGAAGCAAAACAAGCAACACACUGCAAUUAGCAUCAAUGACAUCUUUAAAGGGGAGGAAAGGCACAUCAGAACUGUGAUGACCAAGGGUGUUGCUGGUGUUGGAAAGACUGUGUCCGUGCAGAAGUUUAUACUAGACUGGGCAGAGGGUCUAGCCAAUGAUGAUGUGAAUUUCAUCCUCUGUCUCCCCUUCAGAGAACUUAACCUGCUCAAAGAUGACGAGUAUAGUCUUCGAGACCUUAUGUUUGAUUUCUAUGAGGAGCUUGGACCACUGACAAACAUGCUUAACUUCCAGGAAUUUAAGGUUGUGUUCAUUCUCGACGGUCUGGAUGAGUGCAGAUUUCCGCUGGAUUUUCAGAAAAGCAAACAUGUAUCCAAAAUCGAAGAGAAGACAUCGUUGGACAUACUGAUAACCAACCUCCUUAAGGGGAAUCUUCUUCAAUCAGCCUUAGUAUGGAUAACUUCACGUCCAGCAGCCGCAGGUCUGGUCCCUUCCGAACACAUUGACCGGUGUACCGAAGUACGGGGAUUCAACGACGAACAGAAGAUUGAGUACUUCAAGAAGAAACUCGGUGAUGAUCCCCAUGCAGAGAAAAUCAUCGCCCAUGUCAAGACAACAAGGAGCCUCUUCAUCAUGUGCCAUAUACCAGUCUUCUGCUGCAUCGCAGCCACUGUGAUGCAGCGCAUUAUGGCCGAGGGAAACACUGAGCAGAUUCCUACAACUCUCACAGAAAUGUACGUCCUAUUCCUUUGUACGCAGCUGAAGAUGACAAACCACAAGUUUGUUGGAAACAAGAUGAUGGACAGGAAAGCUUUCCUGGAAGAAAACAAGGACGGUAUCCUCAAGCUAGCAGAACUUGCCUUCCGCAAAUUAGAAGGGACCGAUGGCUCAAUCCUGUUUUACGAAGACGACCUGAGAGAGAGCGGUAUCAGUUUGGAACACGCAUCGGUCCUGUGCACAGAAUUCUUCAAGGUGGACCGUAUGAUGUUUCAGAAGAGGUUCUACAGCUUUGUGCACCUCAGUAUACAGGAAUUCCUUGCUGCCCUCCACGUGUUUGCCUCCUUCCUCAAGAAGGACAUGGAGGCACUGAAGCCUUUUCUUGAGAAGAGACCAAAGAAGGUGUUCCUUUACCUACUCCUGAAGAGUGCCACAGCCAAAGCCCUUCAGAGCAACAAUGGACACCUGGAUCUCUUUGUCCGCUUCCUGAUGGGAAUCUCGCUGGAUUCCAACCAGUCCUUUCUGCAAGGCCUGCUGCCAGAACCCUUGGACGAGGACAAGGAAGACAACAUCAAGUCCAUGAAAUUGAUAGUCAAGCACAUCGAUUCUUUGGUACUGAAGGAUCUUUCCCCUGAGAGAUUCAUAAACCUAAUUAACUGCCUGACUGAACUUCAGGACAACUCUCUCCACAAGGAGCUGCAGCUGUACCUGCAGUAUAUAAAGUGCCCUGGAACAGCGCUUAAGCCAGCCCACUGUUCUGCACUGGCCAACAUGAUCCUGCUGUCAGAGGAGCCACUGGAGGAGUUUGACCUCAAACGCUACAACGUGGGAGACGAGGAUAGAGAGAGGCUCGUGCCGGCUGUUAGGUGGUGCAAGAAAGCCAGGCUUGCUGAAUGCAAGCUCUCGGCUUACUGUGGGGAGAUCGUGGCCUCAGCCCUUCAGUCAGAGCACUCACCUCUGAGGGUGUUGAAUCUGGAGAUGAGCUACCUCACUUUGCCUGGGCUGAACGCAGUCUGCUCUGGUCUCACAACCCCACACUGCAAACUGCAGGCUCUGAGUCUAGCUGGUUGCAGAUGCGUGUCAGACUUUAGGCUGUGUGUUGUGCUGGGCAAGGCUCUCCAGUCCAUCAGCUCCCACCUCACAGAGCUGGACCUGAGCUACAAUAUCCUAUGCAGUGAUGAGGACAUGAGGGCACUCGCCUCUGGACUCAAGAAUCCGGGCUGUAAGGUUGGGAAACUGAGGUUGCGGAAGUGCUCCCUUACAGAUCAUGGUUGUGAGAUGCUGGCAAGUGUUCUCUGCUUGGAACCGUGCUGCUUGAGAGAGCUGGACUUGAGGGACAACAAGUUGAAUGACAAGGGAAUAGAGCUGCUGUCUGAGGCAAUGAAGACCCCACAAUGUAACCUGGAGAAAUUGAGACUUGCUGGCUGUAAACUAACUGAGUCGUCCUGGAAGUGUUUGAUGCCAGUCUUUCUGGGGGAGCUGGACCUGAGUGAGAGCAGCCUGCAGCUGUUAGAGCUAGAGCAGCUGUCAGUAGCGCUGAGGAGCCCAGACUGCAGAGUGAACACCCUCAGGCUGCAACAGUGCUUUCUGAAGAAUGGCCACUGUGAAGUUUUGGCUUUAGUCCUCAGUUCAGAUGGGUCCCACCUGAGAGAACUGGACCUGGGAGACAACGAUCUGCAGGACUCAGGAGUGGAGCUGCUCUCCUCUGGACUCAAGAACUCACAAUGCACACUGGAAACACUGAGGUUGUCGUUCUGUGGUGUGACUGAGAAAGGCUGUGAGAAUCUGGCUUCUGCCCUAAGUGCAAACCCCUCCUACCUGAGAGAGCUGGACCUGAGUUACAAUCACCCAGGAGAGACAGGAGUCCAACUCCUGACUGAGAAAAAGGAUGACCCAGACUGCAAACUGGAGACACUCAAUGUGGACAACAAUGCAGAGUGCUGGAUGAAGUCAGGACUCAGGAAAUAUUCCUGUGAGCUCACACUGGACACCAACACCAUGAACCAGCAGCUCUACUUGUCCGAAGGGAACCGGAGGGUGACGUGUGUGUUUACGGAAGACGACUACCCGUCCCAUUCAGAGAGGUUUGCGAACGUCGAGCAGGUUCUGGCCACAGAUGGUUUCUCAGGCCGCUGCUACUGGGAAGCUGAGUGUCAUGCCAGCUGUGUUUAUCUAGGCAUGACUUACAAAGACGUUGAAAGGCGAGGGGGACACCUCGGACACAACGAGAAGUCGUGGGCACUGCGGUGCGACGAGAUCGGCUGGUCGACAUUUUCGCCUGUGACUGCUUACCACAAUAAUGACAUGAUCAUGAUCGAAUCGCCUGGGUGCACCUCUUCACGAGUAGGAGUGUAUCUGGACUGGCCAACUGGCACACUGUCCUUCUACAGUGUCUGCUCUGACACACUCACCCACCUGCACACAUUUCAUCAUAGAUUCACAGAGCCCCUAUAUCCAGGAAUCGGGUUUAUUUCCGAUUUUCACAGUGAUAAUAGUGUGUUACUAUGUGAGAUUGAAUAGACCUCCUUAAAAUAAAAAAGUUAGUAUACGACUGA